UGCUGACCAUAGGGGAUAUGAACUCGCACCUUCGGGAUGCUAGGGGAUAUGAGAGGAUAAAAUUGAAAGUGACUUUGUUUUGAAAUAGUUCAAUUCUUAGUCCUUUUUAAUUCCGUAAUAUUUCAAAGAAAAUGGAACAGUUGAUACCAGUUAUAAAUAAACUUCAAGAUGUGUUUAAUACUGUUGGCACUGAAGCCAUUCAGUUACCGCAAAUUGUUGUCGUUGGAACGCAGAGUAGCGGAAAAAGUUCUGUUUUAGAAGGAAUUGUUGGAAGGGAUUUUCUCCCCAGAGGACCUGGUAUUGUCACAAGACGUCCACUAAUCUUGCAACUUGUGCAUUCAUCAUCAAAAUGGCGAAGGAUUAAGAAAAACGAAAGUGAAGGCAGUGACGAUGAAUCUGUGGAAAUAGAUGACUCGGAAGAAUGGGGAAAGUUUCAUCAUAUUAAAGAUAAGAAAUUUGCAGAUUUUUAUGAAAUCCGAGAUGAGAUUGAAAGGGAGACUGAGAGAUUAACGGGUCAUAAUAAAGGCAUAUCACAAGAACCAAUUAUUCUAACGAUUUAUUCACCCAAAGUUGUCAAUUUAACUCUUGUCGAUCUUCCUGGUAUCACAAAGGUUCCAGUUGGUGAUCAGCCACCAGACAUUGAAAAUCAAAUGAGAGACCUUGUCUUGAAAUAUAUUAAAAAUCCUAACAGUAUAAUUCUUGCUGUAACACCAGCGAACACUGACAUGGCAACUUCUGAAUCAAUAAAAAUUGCAAAGGAAGUUGAUCCUGCUGGCAACAGAACCAUUGCAGUGUGCCCAAAACUUGAUCUGAUGGAUCCUGGCACUGAUGCUUUGGAUGUAUUGUAUGGAAGAGUGAUUCCAGUGAAAUUAGGAAUCAUAGGUGUUGUUAACCGAAGUCAACUAGAUAUCAAUAACAGAAAGACUAUUGCAGAAGCAUUAUCAGAUGAACGAGAGUUCUUUCAGCAACAUUAUCCAGCAUUAGCAGCAAAGAAUGGGACCCUUUAUCUUUCAAGAUCUUUGAAUAAGCUUUUGAUGAAUCAUAUCAGAAAUUGCCUUCCUAGUCUAAAGUCACGUGUCAAUGUGAUGAUUUCACAACAUCAGCAACUACUUGCAUCUUAUGGUAAACCUGUUGUUGAUAAGGGGCCAACAUUACUUCAGUUGGUAACAAAGUUUGCUUCAACCUAUUGUGCAAUUAUUGAAGGAACAGCCAAAGAUAUCGAAAUAUCAGAAAUAUGUGGUGGCGCAAGGAUUUCUUAUAUAUUUCACGACACCUUUGGCAAAAAACUGCAAAAUAUGGACGCUCUUGGUGACUUGUCAACGACAGAUAUUCUUACAGCUAUACAAAACGCAACGGGUCCCCGUCCGGCUCUUUUUGUGCCAGAAAUAUCCUUUGAACUACUCGUAAAACGACAAAUUCGUCGACUUGAGGAUCCUGGUCUGAGAUGUGUUGAUCUUGUUCAUGAAGAAAUGUUACGCAUUAUUCAACAUUCUUUUACACAAAUUGUAGAAAUGAAGAGAUUUCCCGCUUUACGUAAUCGUAUUGUUGAAGUUGUUUCGGACAUGCUUUUUAAAAGACUUAACCCAACCAAUGAUAUGGUGGAGAAUCUUGUGAAGAUAGAACUUGCUUACAUCAACACGAACCAUCCAGAUUUCUGGGCUGGUACAUCGGCAAGCUCGAUGCUGGAGCAGAAGUCAGAUGCCGAGGGAAGUAAAACGGCAUCGAAAACAAAUCAAAAUGCGACGUCAAAGAUAGAUAUGUCUGCAAGACAACAAAAGGAAUCGGAUUUAGUUCAGCAACUCAUUACGUCCUAUUUUGACAUCGUCCGAAAAAAUAUUCAAGACAGCAUACCCAAAGCUGUGAUGUGUUUUCUGGUCAAUAACGUUAAGGAAAGAAUUCAAAGCGAACUGGUAGAAAAACUCUAUAAAACCGAGCAAUUUAACGAGCUUCUUGAAGAGUCUGACGAUAUACACAGAAGGCGGAACGAUGCAACUGAAAUGCUCAAAGCGCUACAAAAGGCUGGACAAAUCAUUGGCGAAAUCAGAGAUUCACAGCUUUGGUAGUAAGAGCAAUUUAGGUUAAAAUAAACGAUUGUAUAGUUAAGAAACCUUUUCGAAACGCGAUAUUUAUUUAAUUUUCAGAAAUAAUGAAGGAAUUGAUAAUUUUUCCUUGUGUGAGUAGACUCGUUGUGACAGUUUAUUUUUAACAAGUAAGACAAUAUGCAUGACGGGGAUAAUUAAAACUAGUUAAUUUUACCGCCUGUAAAUUUAAUAUUUCCGCACGAAACGUAAAAACAAAUCUGUUAACCGUUUUUUCCACUUGUUGUGGUCACAUUGGCAAAAAGCAGUUUGGGAAAUGCUAACAGAGAUGACUGGGAAAAGACAUAAAUUCAGUAAUAAAAUUUAAUAAUUACAGAUUCAAGAAAUACAUAAAUAAAAGGAAAGGUAAAGAA